AUGAAUAUCCAGGCCACGCCGCCCCCGGCCACGACCUCACGACGCCGCUCGAGCGCUGCCAACGGCGCUGCAGAGGCCAUUGCCGCCGCCGCCACCGCCUCUGCCAACCUCAACCGCUGGUCCCAGGCUCCGGGCACCCAGGCCGGCAGGAGCGACCACCCGCACCACCAGCACCACCCGAGUUUCUCGCGCAAGCUGAGCAUCACUACGCCCAACACCGCCGCGCCUGCCACUGCCGCCAAUGGCCCCGAAUCCCCCGCUCGCAUCGCCAAUUCCGCCCCUCGCUCGCCCACCGCGAGCCCCCGCCGACACCGCCCACGCUCGCCCGCAUACGACCCCCCAUCCGCGGUGACAGCCGCCCCAAAGGUGCCCCAGCUGCCCCCGAUCCUGCUGCCCUCGACCGUCUACGACCCCAACACCCCCACGAGCACCUCGACCACCAACAACUCGCCCUCGGCAUCUAGCCUCUUUACCCCGAACCUGCUCUCCGGCCUCCAGCAGCGCGACUACUUCAACUCGAAACCCACGCAGCCGCCGCCCUCCCAGAGGCCCCCGUCUCGCACCACCAAGGCCGAAAAGGUGCUGGGCAAGUCGCCCCUCGGGUCGCCUGCGGUCCUUCAGGAGGCUGACCCAAGGCACGACUCCACUUCGGGCGCAGCUCGGCCCUCUACAGCACGCAGACCCUCCGUUGCAGCACCUAGGGAUCCCGUCCAAAAGCCCCCACCCAGUGCGGGCCACAGACCAGCCGCCUCGCGGGACCACUCCAGGAGCCAGAGCAGAGAACAGUUCAGGUCCGGGAGCAGAGCCCAUGUCCGCAGCCCCAGCAGGGAUCACCAUCGCAACGAGAGCAACGCCAGCGCUAGGCUAGACGACAGCUACCAGGGCACUCCUCCCCGCACACGCGAGCGCAGAGAGAAAGACAAGAAGACGAUGCUGUCGCGUGCCCUGCAAAAGGCGAACACCGCUGUCCUGCUUGACAAUGCGCAAAACUUCGAGGGCGCCAUGGAGGCCUAUGAGGAUGCCUGCAAGCUCCUCCAGCAGGUCAUGAUCCGCAGCUCGCAGGAAGAGGACAGGCGGAAGCUGGACGCCAUUCGAGUAACAUACACCAACCGCAUAGAAGAGCUGCGACGGCUAGAUCCCGGCUACACUAACCAUAGCGGCAAAUCACUACCAGCACGCCCUAUGAGCGGGGAAUCGCUGGACGAACACCGCUCAAUGCUGCUGCUUGACGACGAUGAACCACCCGCAGUAAUUGAAACUGCCACAGUGUCUCGCAUAGUUAACGACCGUUCUAUAUAUGAUACCCCUCCAGCCGGCGAGCCUACACCGCCGCCCAACCAGCAGCUGCCUCUCCGCAAGGGCUCCGACGGUCCUCGUGAGUCGGUCAUUUCCACCGCCAUCCGCGAUGUGCAAAGAGGCAUGCAGAACCCGCAAUUCAACCUACAGCCCCCACCUGGGCGAAUCGCGCCUUCUACCACAUCUGUCCGAUCAUCGGUUGCCGAAUCGAUGAUGGACCGCGUAUAUAUGCCCCCACCGCUCUCCCCAAAGCGGUCCAAAUCUCCUCUCCUCAGCGGUAAGGAGUCCGAGCCCGAGGAGUAUGGCCGGUUAUUACGACCACAGCAGCCCGUCAAGUCAAAUCACCAACGAGUUCAUAGCAACGAGUCAACAUCAUGGCUUGACACUAUUGAUGAGUCUGGUGGAUCUUCGUGCUCAUCCUCGGUUCAUUCCAUGUCUCCCGGGGGAGUGCGCCGAAAACAUAUACGAAAUAACAGUGGAGGAACCGAGGCAGAGUUCGAUGCGGCGCUUGAUGCAGCCGUCGAAGCUGCGUACGACGAUGGAUAUGAACCUUAUGAUGACGACAUUUCUACACCCGGCGAUUUAAUAGCGACUAAGUUGCGUAACGUGGAACUGGCCAAGGAGCGCGUGCGGGAGGCGGAACGCGAAGAGGCCAUUGCCGCGGCCAAGUAUCGUUACAAAGAGACGCAGCUUCGGGGCGAGGGCCUUCCGCAUGUGCGCGAAAGCGCCGAGAUCAGAUUCAACGACGAGGCGGAAGAGGAAGAGCGGUUACUAGACGAGAUGACGCGAGAGUACAUGCUGGAUGGGUUUGAUUUCGAUCUGCAGACAAAGUCUUCGUUACCGCGGCAGUCAGACUCGAGUGGCUUCUCUGGAAGCGCGUACAACAGCUCCGUGUCGUCACACAGAACGACGGGUGGUACGUCACUCUCGACCGUUGCAGAGUUGAUGCACCCGACAUCCAAGCAACCACCCGCUCAUUCCCCGCCCGCGGUGCCUGCUCCAUCUGGCGCUCUGCCUGCCUUGCCUACGGUUCCCGAGUCACAAGCACCGCAAACGAUCGACACCGCAGAAACCACACCACGGCCCACUACUGCAACCAAGGACGCAGCCUCAGUACGAAGUCGAAGGUUAUCGGGACAAAAUGCAAAGUCUUUGAAAAUUGAGACUUCUGUACCGCCUGUCCCGCCUGCACCUCACACGGAGAAGCCUCCGGUACCAGCUAAGGAUGCGCCUACCGACCUCCCCGUCCAACCCAAGUCGGCGGCACCAACAUUCAGCACCACCAAGCCUACCCUGGACUCCGCGUUCAAGCUUCCCGCGCUGCCGCAAGCGUCCCAACAAGCUGGUCUUCGAGCUCCAUCACCUCAGCCCACCCUCUACAGUCCCGCCGAAACUGCUGCCACGGUUUCACCCGCGACGCCCGCCCUCGGCCAUGCUGUUUCUAACGAGGCUGGUCUUGUACCAGGUUCGCCAAAGACCGGAAAAACCUCAGCGAUGGGAAUCAGGAAGAACAAGUCCUCUCUCAGCCUGAAACAGCGCAACUUGUCAAUAUCCAGCCCAGAUGGCUCAGAUGCAUCCAUAGGAACGCCACUGAGCACGACUUUUUCCAUUACGGGCAGGAAACCCAGCAAUGUCAGCCUGGCAAUGCCAACGCCCAGCGUCCCCACAUUCAACGUCGACGGUCUACCGAGUGGAGGGAUGCACUUGUUCGAGAGUGAUAUCCACUCACCGUUCUCGCCCGGUUCGCCAAGCCCAGCCAUCACGAACGCCCCGAUCCCUCUGGAGCCAUGUCCGGAUUCUUACCUCUUGAGACCGUUCUGGUUAAUGCGAUGCUUCUACCAGACUAUCGCGCAUCCCCGCGGUGGCUAUCUCUCCACUAAACUCUUUAUUCCCCGCGAUGUCUGGCGAGUAAAGGGUGUCAAGCUAAAGAACAUCGAGGACAAGAUCGCCAACUGCGACAUGCUCACCGCAGCGCUUCAAAAGCUAGCGUCUGUGGAUACGAACGAUGCGGAUGCUGUCCUAGAAGAGAUGCAGUCUUUGGAACUAGUGCUCGACCAGGUGCAAGCCCAGCUAGCAAAGAAACUAGGCAACGAAGUCGGUGUACAAUCCGUAACCGCACUGUUCAGAGAUGCGACCACUGUCGGCGAAGGUGCAUCGUCAACAGACGCCUCCGGCAGGCAUGGCUCCGUGGAUCACCAACACAAGGGUGCUGUUGCUCAGGGCAAAUCAUACCUUGCUUCGUGGCGGAAACUCCGAUCGAAGAACUCGGGCGUCAACCUCGCGGGCAUGGCUGGUGGUGCCAAGAGUGCAGAAGUGCCCAAGGACACUCUGAUCAUGUCCACCCUUCCCAUGACCAACCUCCCCAGCAUCCGCUUCGCAAAGCGAGACAUUUCCGGUGUUGUGUUUGAGGGACCUAAUGCAGGGUACAUGGGUUCUUUGGCAAGGCUAUUCGAUGCGGUCCAAAUAUUGGACCAAAUCGCCCGCCAAGUCGAAGACCCAGGUCUCAAGCAUUCCUCCCCCACCCACGUCGGUCUCGAGCUAUCAACCCGCCACGCCGCAGAGUUCUUCGGCUUCUACAUCUGCCGCUUCGUCCUCACCGACGUCACCAUGAUGUUGGAUAAAUUCAUCAAGAGAGGCAGUGAAUGGGUUUUGGUCUAA